AUGGCCAUUUACUUUAAUCCUCGUCCCAACUUUUCUUCGACACCCACCUACUCGAGCGCUAGUGAGAAUGGAGCCACCACCGCCACCAUUCAAACAUCUGGCCAGUUGGCAAGACUUCCUGGUGGUUCUCCACAAUGGCCCUCUCGCCAAUUUGGUGGUGGACUUCCAAACCAACUUGGUGGUUACUACCAGCAUCAGAUCUCCAAUGAGGCACUCUACCAACAGCAGCAACAUCAUCAACACCAACAACAGCAGCAGCAGCAACAACACCAACACGAGGCCAGUCCAUCCAUUUCCGACGGUUUGGCUCACUCUAAUGAGAGAUUACCACACUUUGUUUUCUCCCAGUCCCCUUCCUUCAUGGGUAUGACAUCACCAUUCCAGAAUGUCCUGGAGGGCAACCUCAAGAUUGAUCUCUAUCACAAGCCAAGAGGUUCCAAGGGAACAUGGGUACCAAUCGGAGCCAAUGACCAAAUCAGAGUGACCGAGGGCAAAGGAAAGAGAAUCAAGAUGAUUGUUCACGGUGAGCAGGAACUUGUCAAGGUUGGUCUCCAGGUUGGUUUGCUCGAUCUACAGUCGUCAGGUGCCAAAAAGUCCACCAAUCCAGGUUCACCUCCAACUCCUGGCAGCAGCAUUAACAACAACACCAACUCUGCCUCAACCGCACCCUCACCAUCAACAUCAUCCAAUGGACCAUCUGCAAUGACUGGAUCAUCACCGUCCACCCAUCCAAACAGCAGCAUCCAACCCUCGUCAAUCACUCAAUCACCAUCCUCCUUCUCACUCUCAUCUCCCAGUCAAUCACCUUCACAAUCACCACUCUUUUCACCAUCUGCCACAACGGCAUCACUCUACUCUGUGUCAAUAUCUGUGACCCCACCCUCACAGAACCCAGCACCCGAACUACCAGCGGGCAACUCUACCCAACUGCCAGCACCCGAUCCUCAAGGACUCUCUGUCGAAUCUGUGCGUGUAUAUAGAUAUCCAUCAAUGUCCCAGAUCACAAUGUCGGCCCUUGAGUUUGAGUUGAAGCUUGCAAGACUUUCCAAGAAGAUAUGCAUUGUCAUCUCUGCACAGGCUCGUGAUGGAGGCAUCUAUGAAGCAAGAUCAGUCGAUUUCUAUGCUCACAACAAUGGCAAGCACAACAACAACUCAUUGUCCAGACAGAACAGUGCCAGAAAGACACCUUACAGUUCACCGACAAUGUCUGGCAACAGUCAGGAUGGAGUGCCAACUUCCCCAGCCGGCAGUGACAAGAAGAAAUACGUCAGGAGUAUGUCAUCCAGUGCACUACUAUCCAACAACAACAACAACAAGCAACGUGGAGCUUCGCCACCCAUCCCUGCACUUCCACCCAUACCUCUUCCAGCGACAAUAGACUUUAGUGCUGGCAUACCAGCACCUUGGAACUUUGGCAACCAUCAAUCCAUUGGCAAUAGCGAUGGUAACGGAUGGGGUCAACAACAUGCAAUGUACCUAUCACAUCCAAACCUUUCAUCUUAUGUCGAUGACAAACAUUGA